AUGCUGUACCUUGUUGGGCUUGGGUUGUCCGAUGAGACCGACAUCACUGUCAAGGGUCUCGAGGUCGUCAAGAAGGCCGCCAGGGUUUAUCUCGAAGCCUACACUAGCAUCCUCCUCGUGGACAAGACUGUUUUGGAAAGCUACUAUGGCCGCGAAAUCGUAGUCGCCGACCGCGAAAUGGUCGAGUCCAACAGCGACGAGAUCCUCCGCGACGCCCAGACCGAAGACGUCGCCUUUUGCGUCGUCGGCGACCCUUUCGGCGCGACGACACACACCGAUCUUGUCCUGCGCGCGCGCGAACUGGGAAUUCCGAUCCGUACCGUCCCCAAUGCCUCCAUCAUGUCCGGCAUCGGCGCCACGGGCCUGCAGCUGUACAACUUUGGCCAGACUGUGUCAAUGGUCUUCUUCACCGAUACAUGGAAACCAGCGUCCUUCUACGACCGCAUCAAGGAGAACCGCGAUAUCGGCCUGCACACGCUGGUGCUGCUUGACAUCAAGGUCAAGGAGCAAAGUCUGGAGGACAUGGCUCGGGGGAGAAGGGUGUAUCAGCCCCCGCGGUACAUGACCGUCGGACAGUGCGCCGCACAGAUGCUCGAGAUCGAAGAAGAUAAGAAGGAGCGUGCUUAUACCGCUGAUAGCUUGGCCAUUGGAGCAGCUCGUGUGGGUGGCAAAACUGAGAAGUUCGUCGCUGGUACGUUGCAAGAGCUGUGCGAUACAGACGAGAUCCUGGGAGGCCCCCUGCACAGCAUGGUUUUGCUCGGAAGAAGGGCGCAUGAACUCGAACGCGAUUACAUCCGUGAGUUUGCGGUGAAUAAGGAAACAUUCGACAAGAGCUGGAACGCAGAGUAUGGGAAGCAAUAG